AAUUUAUUUAAUGUUUGAUGAACUAUUAAUAAAAGAUAUUGAUAAAAAAAAUUAAUUUCAUUUAAAUUCUAUCAAUUAUAUCUUGAUAUUGGUGAUGGAUCCAGCUUUGGUAACCAACAUUGAACGUUUAUUGAAUGAACUUUAUGAUGACCACAAUAAAACAAAAUUUGAAGAAACAAAUAAUCUAUUGAUUAAUCUACAAAAAUCAAAAGAAGCAUGGAUGUUUGCAUGGUUGUUGAUGAAAAAAGAUAAACCAGUGAAUGUACAAUAUUUUGGUGCAUCUUCAUUGUAUGUUAAAUUGACAAAAUAUCAUUUUGAAUUAGACAAUAAUAGCUAUCGACAAUUAUGGGUGAAAAUAAUUGAAAAUCUUAUCGCUUAUAUGGAAAGCGCUGAAUUCAAUUUAAUAACAACUAAAUUGAUUUCAUGUCUAGCUGUUUGUAUUGUACAGAAUAUCGAUAACGAAUGGAAUAAUGCACUUCAAGAUCUUUGGAAUCUAUUUCAACCGGAAAAAUUAUCAAAUAUUCCAUCCACACGUGUGAUACAUGUUCUAUUGGAAAUAUUGAGCGUUAUACCAGAUGAACUUAAUCAUCCAUAUCAGGAUAAGAAUAAAAAACAAGCAUCAAGAUUGGAACUAGUUAAACAUGCUGAAUCGGUAUUAAUGUUUGUGUAUAAAAUUCUUUCUGAAGAAAAUAUUUCCGAUAAUAUUACGAAAAUAUGUCUAAAAUGUUUCCAUUGUUGGUCUAUCGGUUUAGAUACUAUUGUAUUGACUGAAAAUCAUUUGGCCAUCAUGGCUAUUGUUUUGAAUUGUGUACGAAAUGAAAAUACCUGCCAUGAAGCUGUUGAAUGUAUAAUUGCCAUAUAUACAUGUCCACAUAUGAUCAAACAGCCAAAAAUGAUUAUUCAAUUAAUUGAACAAAUGACCAUUGGUCUGACGAAUUUAAUUGAUCAAACCAUACAAGAAUCAAAUAUGGAUUAUCUUCGUGAUCUUUAUUUUCUAUUUGUAUCUAUUGGUGAAUCACAUACCCGUCUAAUAUUGGAUUCAUUGACCGAUUUAUCAUUAAAUCGGGAUAUUUUGAUUGAAUUUUUUCGUAUCAUAUUAAAAUGUAGCAGUACACCAACCCAUUAUGGUUAUGAUGAAACUAUAAGUGAUUUACCAUUUAAUUUUUGGAUAAAUUUUCAAGAUGAUUUUAUGGCAUCGGAUGAAAGUAAAAUACAAAUCUAUUUAAACAUAUUCAAAGAUAUAUUCCAUUCAAUGAUUAAUAUAUUUUUAUUUAAAUUACAAUAUCCACCGGAUGAAAUUUAUGAACAAUCAUGGGAUAAAGAUGACCGAGAAAGAUUUCGUUGCUAUCGACAAGAUAUAGCCGAUACAUAUACAUAUUGUUUUAGUAUAUUGAAUACAUCAUUAUUACAGAUUUUAAUGGAUCAUUUUAACAAAGCACUGUCACAAACAAUGAUGGCCACUUCAAAAGAUAUGAAUCAAAUAUCUACAUCGAUUCGUUAUUUAGAAGCAGUGAUCUAUGCAUUCAGUGCAUUAACGGAGAAUAUUUCCCCAACGGAAACCGUAUAUAUGCCACAAAUAAUUAGUUCAUUUCAAACACUUUCAAAUGAAUGUCUCAAUGAUUCACGGCUAUUAUCAACAAUUAAUUGCUUUUUAUCAAAUUCCGCUGAUUGGUUAGCAAAUAAUAUCAAUUAUUUUGCAUUCACAUUAACAAUCAUAUCGAAUUCAUUGAAAUCAAACGAUCAAAUGGUUGUUAUAUCGGCAACAAUGGCAUUAAAAGUGAUUACAACUGAAUGUCAACUAGAUCUUCGUCCAUAUUCAUUAGAUAUAAUACGGAUUUGUGAAGAAUAUCUACAAUAUCCGAAUUUACAAUAUAAAGAAAAAGCUCGACUUAUGCAUUCAUUGGGUACGAUUCUUUCCAUAAUGCCAUUAGAUGUAAUCAUGAAUACAAUUGAUCGAAUAUUGAUACCAAUAUUAACGGAAACGGAAAAAAUUCUAACAAAUACGAAUAAUAAUAAUAAUGACAAUCCGGAUUCACGUAUUCAUAUUAAUGGUGUAUUAUUAAUGUUAUCCAAUCUUUUUGCUAAACUUGAUGUCAAUCUAAAAGGCACCGAUCUAGAAGAAGGUGAUCAUCUUAUAUCGAAAUCAUUGGUACAAGCUAAAGCACGUAAUAAUAUACCACAACCAUUGUAUAAAAUUUUUGAAAAAAUAAUGCCCAUGUUUGGUGUAAUAGCAAUGAAUUAUUCUUAUGAUGAAGAGAUUGCUCAAAAUGUUUGUGAAUGUGUUAAGAAAACCGUUAUAACAUUAUUGGAUGAUGUUAAACCAAUGAUUGGCAAUAUUCUACACCUAUUACUUCAUCUUUAUCGUAAUUCAAAAUCCAUUUCGGUCAUACAAAUUUCUCGACAAAUAUUUACAUUAUUCCAUAAGGAAUCAGAACUAUUGCCAAAUCUUCAGGAAUAUUUUUAUACAUUAACGACCAUAACUAUUGAACAAUUUGCAAAAGAUUUUCGUGAAAAUACAUUUCUUGUACAGAAUUUUUUCGAAGAAUCUGCACACUCAUUACGAAAAGCAACGGCAAUAUUUCUAUAUCCUAAAUUAAAUCUUUCAACAUUAUUUGAUUGGGCCAUUGCCGGUAUUGUUUUACCGGAAAAAGGUACCGUUCAUCAAUGUUCAAUAUUUAUCAGUGAAUUUUUGAAUCAAGGUCGACAAAAUGAACAAUUCCAUAAAGUAAUACAGGAAAGAUUCGAUAUGCUUGUAAUGAAAGUGUUCAUCGUGAUCGGUGGUCAACAAGGUUCACCAUCAUUCGCCGUCGAUUAUAUGCCCGACAUAAUUAUUGUAUUGAAUCAAAAAUAUUCGGAUAGCUUCACACGUGCAUUGAAUUCAAUAAUCGAUUAUAAUGGCUUUCCUACCGAUAUGGUAACACGUGAACAAAAAUGUAAAUUUGUGCAAUCAAUAUCCACAUUACGUAAUAACAAACGACGUUUACGUGAAAUUGUAAAAGAAUUUAGCUGCCGUUGUCGUGGCCUAUUCGGUGUCGAUAGUAAACAAUAA